UUGCCUGCUACGGAGACAGGGGUUAAUCAUACCGGCUCAGGGUAAAUGUAAUGUAAUCUUAGCUUUCGCUGUAUCGGUUUACAGAGUAACUUUAACGAUCAUUUAUUUUUUUGUGAACUUGUGUCUUAUAUAUUCGCUCUAAAGACGAAGUUUCGCUCUCAGUUUCCGAGGAAGAAGUAAAGUGGGGAGGAUCGAGGUAUCCGCAAGUCGCCUUUGUUCGGUGAACUUGGCAGUUUCGUUUUCACAGUGUGAUGGAGUGCAGCUAACUAGCACUAUUCAGCUAGCAUUCGCUGUCGAGCAUUAGCAGGCUAAUCUGCUUGGCUAGUAACGCAACCCGGAUUUAAAGCCCCACGGAGAAGAACGAUACCUUUCAGGAAAAAGGAAAAAAAUGUACCCUGUUGUUGAGUCAUCCAACCUGAAGGGGGCACUGCGGCUGCGUUUUCCUUAAUGCAUCCGUUUCCCAGAAUCCCCAGAAUCCCGGACGAUCGGAUCUUUCCCACACAGCCGGGAGUCGCGGCCGUCUACAGUGUUCCCAGGCCCAGUGGCCCGCCCUACACUACUCACGACAUCACUAAGGGACACCCAAACCUGGCGGGAACGCCCCCCGGCCACGGCUCCUCCCCCGGACUCUCUCAGGUAUCAGUAUCUACAGCUCAUCUAUAUCGCUACCUUAAGAGCUGCGAUUCAGACAGAGGGUCUCCGUACCCUUCUGGGCAGAAUGCUGCCACCCAGCUUGUGUACUCUCCGCCAACGCAGCCAAUGAACGCCCAGCCGCAGAGCCGCCCGUUUGCGGCAGGUCCUCGGGCAUCACACCACCAGGGAGGAUUCAGACCCAUUCAGUUUUUCCAGAGGACCCAGAUGCAGACGGUGCGCCCCACCAUUCCCAGCAACAGCCCCUCCAUCCGGCCGGGGUCCCAGACCCCCACAGCCGCCGUCUACCCCCCUCCCAACCAGCCCAUCAUGAUGGCCAUGACCCCCAUGCAGUUCCACUCCCCCCAGGCUGCCCAGUACUACAUCCCACAGUAUCGCCACAGCACCCCGCAGUACGUGGGACCCCCCCAGCAGUAUUCGGUGCAGCCCCCUGGCCCCAGCACCUUCUACCCCAGCCCCGGUCCUGGGGAGUUCCCUACACCCUACGCGGGACCCCCGUACUAUCCAGGGCAGGCUGUGUACACCCCCUCCCCCCCCAUCAUCGUGCCUACGCCACAGCAACCUCCGCCCACCAAGCGGGAGAAGAAGACAUUCUCCCAGAUCCGUAUCCGGGACCCCAACCAGGGCGGCCGGGACAUCACCGAGGAGAUAAUGUCGGGCGGGGGGGGCAGCGGGAGCCGGAAUCCGACCCCCCCUGUGGGCAGGCCGUCCUCCACCCCGACCCCACCGCAGCAGCUGGGCGGCCAUGCCCCAGAACACGGCCCGGCCGGGUACGGAGUGGACAGCACCCCCCACCUCUCCACCCCUGCCCCCGCCCCCGCCGGCGACUCGAAAGCAGAUGAGAAGCCAAAGCUGGACCCUGCGCCCCCACUGAAGCCUCCCUCCCCAGGACCACAGCCACUCGACCCCCCAGCAGAGAAGAGCGAUCCCGCCCCCCCAGAGAAGCCACCGGAGCCGCCCUUCUUGGUGGCCGCAGUGCCCCCCAGCACGGUCCUGCCCCCCCCAGCCCCUGCCGUCAGCCCUGGGAAGCCCACAGCCCCCGCGGAACCUGCCCCCCCUCCCAAAGAGGAUCCUAAGCCGGCCCCCCCGACCCCGUCCCAGCCGCAGAGCACGGACUCUGAGAGGCCCCCUGCAGAGCUGCCCCAGGGGCCCCCGCCCCCACUGGUCACCAUGGCCCCCCCUGCCCCGCUCCUGAAGGCCAUCAACGGGCUAACAGACAAGGAGGCCGCUUCGCUGAGCAGCGAGCUGGAAGCCCCGCCCCCAGAGUCCAUCCGGCCGUCCUCGCCACCCCAGAGCCUGCCCCUGGCUCCGCCCCCUGGCCCCAGCGCCGUCGCCCUGGAGGCCGUCCCCGGAGAGGCGCGGGCGGAGAGCUCCCCGGUCCUGCCCGAGGUCAUCUCCGCCGCCCCCGCCCCGCCGGUCAUCUCCCCGCCCUCUGCUUCCCUCCUCACCGCCCCCACCUUCCCCGCCACCGCCGGCCCCGCUGCUGUUCUGGCUCCGCCCCCUGGCCUCACGCUGCCCCCGCCGGGCGUCGCGGCUGUGGGCGUCGUCCAGGUGCGGAGGCCCUCCCUCGUCUCGGAGUCUAAAGACGACCCGUCUAGAGUGGCGGGAGAAGCUGAGGUGGUCCUGGACAGCACCAGCGACCAGCAGCCCCUCCCCAACCCCAGAAAAAGCCCGGUUUUAGUUCAAGCUGUUUCAGCUGCUUCAGCUGCACCAAAGACCUGGAAGAAGCCAAAAGACGCAGCCCCGGCGGGGGAGGCCCUGGCCACGGAGGAACAGGAAUCGCCGGUGGAGGAGGAGUCUGGGGACGGGGCGCCCCCCCGCGAGCCGGAGCAGCGCGGCACCCCCUCUCCGAGCCCCGAGGAGAGCCAGGACCCCCCUCUGCCGGAGGAGAACGGGGAGCAGGAGGCGGAGCCUCUGAGGAACGGGGCCGAGCACGCCUCCGAGACGGAGAGCAGUGACAGCGGCGUCACCCCCGGCGAUAAGGAGACCUCCGCGGUCCCGCCAGCUUAUGUCUUCCAAGAAGAGCCUGUAGAGUCUGAUGGGAAGAAACAGUAUAACCGAGACUUCCUGCUGAGCUUCCAGUUCAUGCCGGCCUGUGUGCAGAAGCCCGAGGGCCUGCCCCCCAUCGCUGACGUGGUGCUAGACAAGAUUAACCAAAACAAGCUGCCCAAUCGGCCGGUGGACUCGCGGGUCAUUUCCCGAGGGCCGGACUUCACGCCCGCCUUCGCCGACUUCGGCCGACAGAGCUCAGGAGGAAGAGGAGCACCGCCGAUGAACGUGGGGCUGCGCAGGCCGCCUCCGCGUAAGAUCAUCAUGAACGUGUCGGUGAACGACGAGGUGCAGCUGAAGAAGGCGGAGCACGCCUGGAAGCCGGGGAUGAAGAGGGAGGGCGUGGCCGACGACCCCGAGACGCAGAGGACCCAGGAUCUGUUCCGGAAGGUGCGCAGCAUCCUGAACAAGCUGACGCCGCAGAUGUUCAACCAGCUGAUGAAGCAGGUGACGGACCUGACCAUCGACACCGAGGAGCGGCUGAAGGGCGUCAUCGACCUGGUUUUCGAGAAGGCCAUCGACGAGCCCAGCUUCUCCGUCGCCUACGGCAACAUGUGCCGCUGCCUCGCCACGCUGAAGGUCCCGAUGACGGACAAGCCGAACAGCACAGUGAACUUCCGGAAGCUUCUGCUGAACCGCUGCCAGAAGGAGUUUGAGAGGGACAAGGUGGACGACGACGUGUUCGAGAGGAAGCAGAAGGAGCUGGAGUCAGCUGCCUCUGCCAGCGAGCGGGAGCGCCUGCAGGAGGAGCUGGAGGAGGCGAAGGACAAGGCUCGCCGCCGCUCCAUCGGGAACAUCAAGUUCAUCGGGGAGCUGUUCAAGCUGCGGAUGCUGACGGAGGCCAUCAUGCACGACUGCGUGGUCAAGCUGCUCAAGAACCACGACGAGGAGUCCCUGGAGUGCCUGUGCCGCCUGCUCACCACCAUCGGCAAGGACCUGGACUUCGAGAAGGCCAAGCCUCGCAUGGAUCAGUACUUCCACCAGAUGGAGAAGAUCGUCAAGGAGAGGAAGACGUCGUCACGGAUACGCUUCAUGCUGCAGGACGUGAUCGACCUGAGGCUGCAUAACUGGGUGUCCCGCCGAGCGGACCAGGGCCCCAAAACCAUCGAGCAGAUCCACAAAGAGGCCAAGAUCGAGGAGCAGGAGGAGCAGAGGAAGGUGCACCAGCAGCUGCUGUCCAAGGACAACAAGAGGAGGCCAGUGGUUCAGAGAGAGGAGACCUGGAGCACCGUCCCCAUGACCAAGAACAGCAGGACCAUCGACCCCGCCAAGAUCCCCAAAAUCUCCAAGCCCACCAUAGAUGACAAGAUCCAGCUGGGCCCCCGAGCCCAGAUCAACUGGGUCAAGGGCAGCAGUGGAGGGGCGGGGGCCAAGGCCAACGAAUCAGAUUUGACCCGGUCCAGCGGCAGCAACCUGAACCGCUACUCCGCGCUGCAGUCCUCCGCGCCCCCCCCGCAGCCCGCCGCCACGCCGCCCCCCCAGCCCGCCACCACGCCCCCCUCCCUGCCCCCGGACUUCGACUCCAGGAGGAGCGUGAGCAGUCGCAGCAGCUCGGGACGAGAGCGGAGCGAGAAGCCGUCGGGCGUGGCCCCCCCGCGGACCGCCCCCUUCCCCCGCCCCGGCGCCGGCCUGAAGGAGCCGCUGGAGAGCCCCGCCCCCGCCGACCCCCGCCGGGACGUCCCCGAAACCGCCGACCCGCCCAAGCACCCCAGCGCCGCCGAGGAAAAGCCCGAACCGGACCGCAGCCAGGACAGGGAACCGGCAGUGAAAGGGGACGCUCCUGUGGGUCGGACUGCAGACAAGCCCCUCCUGUCCGAGGAGGAGAUGGAGAAGAAGUCCAAAGCCAUCAUCGACGAGUUCCUGCACAUCAACGACUACAAGGAGGCCGUGCAGUGUGUAGAGGAGCUGGAUCAGGCAGCUCAGCUGAGCGUGUUUGUGCGCGUGGGGGUGGAGUCUACGCUGGAGCGCAGCCAGAUCACCCGAGACCACAUGGGGCACCUCCUCUUCCUGCUGCUGCAGUCUGGAACCCUGUCCAAGUCCCAGUACUUCAAAGGGUUUUCGGACACCCUGGAGCUGGCUGACGACAUGGCCAUAGACAUCCCCCAUAUAUGGCUGUACCUGGCUGAGCUGGUCUCCCCCGUGCUGCGGGAAGGGGGAAUCUCUAUGAGAGAGUUAUUUAGUGAAUUUAGCAAACCUUUGCUUCCUGUGGGAAGAGCAGGGAUCUUAUUUUCGGAAGUACUGCACCUUCUAUGCAAACACAUGAGCCAUAGGAAAGUGGGCUCUCUGUGGAGGGAGUCUGGGCUCAGCUGGGAGGACUUCCUGCCCGAGGGGGAAGAUGUGCCCAGCUUCAUCUCAGCCCAUAAACUGGACUUCACCCUGUCGGACUGCUCCAGCCCAGAGGAGCCGCUCUCCAAGGGGGAGCUCUCCCCCGAGGAGCUGAACCGGCAGCUGGAGAAGCUGCUCCUGGAGGACAUGGCAGGAGACGAGCAGAUCUUCGACUGGGUGGAGGCGAAUUUGGACGAGUCCCAGAUGAGCUCACCUCCGUUCCUCCGAGCUUUAAUGACGUCUGUGUGUAAAGCAGCAGUGACAGGUGACAGCUCGUCCUGCAGAGUGGACACCACCAUCAUCCAGAGGAGACUACCUGUGCUGCUCAAGUACCUGAGCUCGGACACAGAGAGGCAGCUGCAGGCUCUCUAUGCACUUCAGGCAUUGAUAGUCAAACUUGAUCAACCUCCCAACCUGCUCCGGAUGUUCUUCGACUGCCUGUAUGACGAGGACGUGAUCUCUGAGGACGCGUUCUACAAGUGGGAGAGCAGCAAGGACUCGUCAGAGCAGCAGGGAAAGGGCGUGGCCCUGAAGUCCGUCACCGCCUUCUUCACCUGGCUGAGGGAGGCGGAGGAGGAGUCAGAGGAUAACUGACGGGAGCAGGUCUAGUCUCGGCCAAUCAGUGCAGAGCAGCCAACCUUCGCUGAAAACAUCGUCUGCAAUCUUAAAAAAAAAAAAAAAACUAAACAAAAAACAGAAACAUAUGCACGGACGGGAGUUGGACGGUGGAGGUUCAUGGUACGGUACCCAACACAGCGAUUAGAGUCUGCAUCGGAAGGGCCAGAGCACUAAAAACGCAUUGUAUUAUUUAUAGAAAAUAUUUAGUUUUAAAAUUUAAACUUUUUUUUUUUUCUUUUGUUACUUUUUAAGAGACUUUAAAAAAAUUACAAUUUCUGUGCAACAAAGAAUACAGUACAUAGGUUCUGAACUCUUUAAUUUAUUAUUUUUUUAAGGACUGCAAAUACGGAAAUUUAUUUAACAUUUGCAGAUGCUCAAAAUGUGGAGAACAUUGACGGUAAUAGAAAUAAUAACAAUAAUAACAAUAAUAAAUAUUAUUGAUAAUAAUAAUAAUAAUAAUAAUAAUAAUUGAAUGCCAGGUAGCCUCCCUGAAUUUGGUUUAGAGAAGUAAAUAAAAAAAGCAAUUACUUAUGGGUUGGAAGGGAUAGGGGGAUUGGUUACAAGGCAGGGUCAACUGUUCAAAAGGUCAGAGGUUAAAGGUUAUUCUGAAAUAACCUCAGGAACUGUUUCUUCUACUUUGGCUUGCUCUAUUGGACCUGUAUAUACUCCCACACACGGGCGGGACUGAGACCCGUGGAAAAGAACAAAGAGGAACCUUCCGGAAACUAAACGGGGCAGCGGCCAGCACGAGAACGCUCCUGAGUGAGGGGGUCGCUCAUUCUAAAGUGCUUGUAACUCCUCAGACUUACAGAGCAAAUUUAAAGCUUGUAAAUACAUUAAAGACAAAAAAGAUAUUUAAAAAAA